GUUUAGAUUGCAAUCCUAUAAAGAAGUGAACUUUAGCUUGUGGUGCGAUGGACGUCCAGCGUUACUGCAUUGGGUUUCCUGUUCACAGUGUAACUGCAUGAACCGACAAUCAUUUAAUCUGCUACAGACACACAGUGUCACGUCUUCUUUAAACUCAUAUUUACAACAGUUACCACUCUGCCUUAGCAUCCCAUUAUAAUUAUUGUUGUUGUUAUGAGAAAAAAAACACUAUUAUACACCACCAUAUUGGGGCCAUUGCAGUGGGGGAGUAAGAGUACAUUUUUGACAAUAAGUCUCAAAUAUUCUAGAAAAAAAAGGAAAAUUCUGAGUUUGAAAAGCCCAAAGUUAGAUAUUUUCUUGGCAAAAAAAUGUGGAAAUUUUCAGAUUAAUCCCAAAAGUAGGACAUUUUCAACUCUUCAAACUCUGAAAUAUCCUCGUUUCUGGUAGAAAGUUUGAAACAGAAAUUUUUCAAGUCAAAUUUUUAACUGUUGAAACUCAUUCUCACCUUUUUAUCCUUUCAAACUCAGAAUUUUCCUUUUUUUUAAUGGAAAAUUUGAAACUCUGAUAAUUUUCAAAUGUUAAAAAUUUUUGACUUUUGAAACUCAGAAAUUUCCUAGUUUUCCCUAGAAAAUGUCUAAGAUUAAUCUCAAAAUGUCAGUGUUUUUGGCAGUCAUUACGUUUUUUUUCUAUCUACAAUGGCCCUAGUAUGUUACACUAAAUAACACUUAUUUGUUUAUUUAUUUAUUUAUUGUUUUAAAGCGAGCAUGAGUGACUAUACUUAUUGAUUUCAGAUGCCUGGAUUAGCCUUGUUGCUGAAUCGGAUGUCAAAAUCUGUUGGAUUGUGUUGAUUUGAACACGGAUUAACAGGUUUAACUUAUUCUUUCUUUUCUUUUCUUUUUUUUUUUUUUAAUUGCAAUUGAAUAUUAAAACCAAAGCAUUUUAUUCCUGAGCUGUCCAGCCCUGGGCCAGUUGGCGUAUUCAGAAAGCUGAUCUUUUACAGCUCACAAAGAGGUUUGCCUUAUUUUGUCACUGCUUUCAUCCCUUAUUUCCCAUGUGUGCAUUGUUAAAGCCUGUGACGAUUGUUCCAUGUUGGGGCUGAGCGGACAACCUCAGCUUGCCUUGGUAUUGGUAGGAAAUAAAAUUGUAAAACAAAACUUGAUCUCUAUCAUAUUAAGAGGCUGAAAUAUGUCAGAGAUGUUAUUUAAAAUGCAAAACUGUUUGAGUUGGCUGGGAGCCGUUGUAGUUAUAUUCUUAAAAGAUACCAGGAGGAAGGAUCUAUGAUGGUUCCCCUUCGCGCACAUAAGAUGCAACAGUCCGUCACUGAAGCAGCUCUUCAGUUCAAUAGCUUCAUGUAUGACUGGUCUCUAAAAACUGGAACACAUGCCUGAAAAUCACCAUGAUGAAUGCGCCAAUGAUCAAGUUAUCCACCAGGUGGCAGUCUCGCACCAUCUCCCAGUUCUCGCACACCGUCACAACAGCUAAAGAGACAAGAUACAAGAAACCAAAGAAAUGAAUCGGACUUACGGUAAGGGAUGCUUCUGCUGACCCCCGGCUCCGAAGAUGCGGGCGCGGAUCGGUUUUCACCGGCAACAGCAACAACAACAACGAGAACGACGUGACAGAAGACGGAGCGGAUUAGUUUUUCCAAGACAGCCUCUAACGAUGAUGCCGUCAUCGAUUCCCAGAGAGCUGUUGCUGUUGCGCGUUCCGCUGUUUUAGGCGGCGUGCCGGACGCUGACGAGGCAGGCGGCUGUGCGUCUUGGAGAGGGGCAGGCGACGCCGGAGACGCGCAGCAGCAUCAGCAGCAGCGGCGGCUGCGGCUCCUCACAGUCUGCUCGGGUUCGGAUCAUCCGGCAGCUUCCGGGCGUCGCUGGGCCGUCAGAGCGGGACCCCGCGAUGCGCACCGACCACCUCCGUCUCGGCGUCUCUCCCUGAGAUCCCAUCGAGUCAUGUCUGAAACGGAGCGAUGGGCAAGUUCGACGACAACGAGAGGAUAAUCCUCAACGUCGGGGGCACGAGGCACGAAACCUACAAGAGCACCCUGAAGACCCUGCCGGGGACGCGCCUGGCCCUGCUCGCCUCCGACUCGGACAUCGACUCCGUGCUGGACCAGCUGCAACAAGUCCCCGGCUUCAUCGAGUACAACGCGCGGACCAACGAGUACUUCUUCGACCGCCACCCGGGCGUCUUCGCCUACGUGCUCAACUACUACCGCACCGGGAAGCUGCACUGCCCGGCGGACGUGUGCGGACCGCUGUUCGAGGAAGAGCUCUCCUUCUGGGGCAUCGAUGAGACGGACGUGGAGCCGUGCUGCUGGAUGACCUACCGGCAGCACCGCGACGCAGAGGAGGCGCUGGACGUGUUCGAGCUCAACGUGGACACCACCUGCGAGGAGGACGACGAGGUCGGCAAGAGGCUGGGGAUAGAGGACGUGGCGGCGGACGGGAACGUCAGCCUGUGGAGGAAGUGGCAGCCGGUGAUCUGGAACCUGUUCGAGGACCCGUACUCCUCCAGAGCGGCGCGGUUCAUUGCCUUCGCAUCUUUGUUCUUCAUCCUGGUCUCCAUCACCACCUUCUGCUUGGAGACCCAUGAGGCUUUCAACAAAAUCAUCAACAAGACCGACGCGCGGAACAGCAGCGAGCCGGACCCGGUGCCGCAGUACGAGAUCGAGACCGAUCCCGCACUCACAUACGUGGAGGGAGUUUGCGUGUUCUGGUUCACCAUCGAGUUCCUCGUGCGUGUCACCUUCUGCCCAGUCAAGUUGGAGUUUGUCAAAAGCGUCCUCAACAUCAUCGACUUUGUGGCCAUUCUGCCCUUCUACCUGGAGGUAGGGCUGAGUGGCCUCUCUUCGAAGGCCGCCAAGGACGUCUUGGGUUUUCUCAGGGUGGUGCGUUUCGUCCGGAUUCUGCGCAUCUUCAAGCUAACGCGUCAUUUUGUAGGGCUUCGGGUGCUGGGCCAUACAUUGCGGGCCAGCACCAACGAAUUUCUGCUGCUAAUCAUCUUCCUGGCGUUGGGAGUUUUGAUUUUUGCCACCAUGAUAUAUUACGCCGAAAGAAUCGGUGCCAAGCCCAACGACCCCACGGCCACCGAUCACACUAAGUUCAAGAACAUUCCCAUUGGCUUCUGGUGGGCCGUUGUGACCAUGACUACUUUGGGCUAUGGAGAUAUGUAUCCAGAGACCUGGUCAGGCAUGGUGGUCGGAGCGUUGUGUGCUUUAGCCGGUGUGCUGACGAUAGCCAUGCCCGUGCCCGUUAUCGUCAAUAACUUUGGAAUGUACUACUCUUUGGCCAUGGCUAAGCAGAAGCUGCCCAAGAAAAGGAAGAAACACAUCCCUCAGGCAGUGCAGGGAAGUUCUCCGACGUACUGUAAAGGGGACCUCAACUUGACCUGCAACAGCACUCAAGGUGACUUGUGCCACGUCAAAGGGGGUAGAUUACUAGAACGCAACCGUUCAGUUCUGUCGGCAGACUGCAGCGCUGGCAGCGACCUGAGCAUGUCUCCGGAGGAGAUGGUCCCCAUGCGACGGUCCAGCACCCGGGAACACGACCGGCAAAGCGGGGGCACGUGCUUCCUCCUCGCUGCCAGCGACUACACAUGCCCCGCUGACGGAGGGAUGAGAAAACCAGGUAACUGCACGUGCUAUGAGAAAUCCCGGAGCUUAAACAACAUUGCUGGCCUGGCCGGUAACACCCUGCGGUUGUCUCCCGUGACCUCGCCCUACGGAUCCCCCUGCCCGCUGCGCCGCUCCCGCUCCCCUAUCCCAUCCAUCCUGUGAGGCGUCCAGCCUAAAAAGAACGCCCUCCCUCCCUUCCUCUGCAUCGUGUCUGAACUCACAUAUUGCCAACAUCGCAGCUGAGACUUAACGGUGCCAGCCUGGCAGGAAGGAGCGUGCGCUAACAUCCUUAAGUAACACGAUUAUUCUGCUUUGUCACUUGGAGUUCCCUUUAGUUCGACGGUGUCAUUUGAGACUUGCAAUAAAGGAACUCUGACCGAAGUAGCCGCCAUCCACCAUGUGAUCCAUAUUUACUAAUCAGGGAUAUUAGAUGUUGUCAUAUUUAGAUAUCAUCAACCGAGACGUGCUUCCAGGGACAAAAAGAAAAAGAGAUAUCACAACAUUUCAACCACACGUGACUGUAACUUUGCUUUUUGGUUUGGUGUUAUUUUUGGGUUUGAAGCGGAACGAAUCGGUGCGAGAGUGUAAGUUUCAUCUCACACGAGCACCGACAGCAGGGUCUGCUCAUGUUUGUGCAAGGAUCUGCUUUGGCAAACAGUUCCAAGGAGGAGAAAAGCUUGAGGAUUUAUAUGCAUACAUACAUAAAGAUGUGUCUUUUUCUUUUUUUAGUUUUAUGGUGUAGGGAUUGUGUUUUCUUUUUGGUUCCACUGAGUGCCACCAAACUUGCUGUGUUUCUGGUUGUUUACUGGCAGAUAACUGCAAAGAGGUGGUCUUUACUGGUUUCACACAAGCAGAGAGCAGCGUUCUAUCUUAAUGGCUUUGGGAGAUGGAACCACCAUGGCAGAAAGGUAACCAUCUGACGGGACCGCUGGCGUCAGCUUUCAAUGCAGAACAUGUAUUUGGUUUGUCGUCUUGUGUCUCUUUACUAAAAUGAUGAUCGGAAUAUGCUGGUGCUUUACUAUAGAGACAAGCACAAGGCUUCAGAAAGUCGCAUGUAGCAUUUUUCUUCAGUGCAUUAUUAUUAAACUGUUAAGAUCACAAGCAUAUAUUAACAAAACAAGCAAACACAGGUUCGAAUGUUUCUAGGCAUAGGUUGGUAAGAGAUUCAAAGCUUCUUCAAGCCUGUUAGCUCUGUCAACUCAACAACUACUUCCUUUCCUACUUCAAAAUAAGAGCCACAAACAUAAAUGCAACAAUUACUAAUACAAACUCAAAGCUGAAGUAAAUGAUAAGCAAUUUAUUGCUGGAACUAUUGCUAACGCUAAACGAAACAGCAACCAUAUUGGAUUUUAGGGUCAGGAUUGUUAAAAAUUUACCAACAAUAUCCUCUUACUUUAGAUUCCAAUAAGCAACAAAGUUAAGAAACAUCUGAAAAUACAUUACUGACGACGCCAACCAUGUGUUUCAAGGGGACAGUUGAUGUGGUCGCGCAGUGUUUGGUGUGAUUGAAAAAGUUGCAUAAUAACGAGAGGAAACUCUGAGAGAAGGACCCAAAACACCAUGAGUUUGAUGAGAAUAACAAAAAAAAAAAAAAAACAAACGUCUACAAUGAAUUAGCUUAGCAUAACAUCACAGAAUCAACUCCUUGUAAAAAUUCAAUCCUAUACUCUGAUUUUUAUUUUUAUUUUUUACAACAGUGUGGGACAAAAUCCAAAACAUACACAGCACAUGCAUCAGGGCUAAAUGUAAUCGAACAAAUGUUCCAUGCAAUUUCUUUUAUCGAUGCUGCUGUUGCAGAAACGUAGAUUUCUAAUACUUCAAAAAUCACAAGACGUUGUUCCCGUUCUGACCACUAGAUGGCAGUCAAGCGUUCUCAAUAUGAUUCUUGGUCUGUAAAGAAAAUUCAUCAACUGGCACUUUGGCUCCAGUAACACUUGGAGACAAAAUUGAAAGAAUAGCUGGAAAUUAUAUGAACACUUUUAGCAUUUUGAUUUGAAAUCAAACGCUACAUCUUGACAGUACUAACUGUUACUAGCCCAUGCCUAGAUGUUACCAGUUUGCUUUAGGAAAUACUCACUAAAAAGUGAGUUUUUUUUUUUCUUUAAACCAGACAGAUAAAACAUGCACUAUGUGAAACCCAUCCUCACAGUGCGUCUUUACCACAAGCGCCUGGUUGCCUGGCAACUGGCUCACAGCAAGAUGCAUCUUACACACAGCUUGGCAAGAAGAAGGAAAAAAAAAAACUUGGUUAAAAAGAUUUUUUUUUUUCUCUUGACUUCACAGCAAAUUGUUUAUUCAUCUCCCUUCCCUCCACUUAAGUCACUGAAAUGCAUCACGGAGUUCAGAGAAUCUCACGUUGCAUUUUGAGCAUGUGACCGAUCUGGUCCUCUGUGAGAUUUGUGAUGUUUUUCUUAAAAGAUGUGUCCGUGUUUCACUGAAACCAUUCAUUCCUGUUUGAAUGCCAGUGGGAUAAGACUGUCAUCAGUAAUGGCGACCUAUUGCAGUGGGAGACCCCCCCCUCUGAACCCACCGGUGGGAACCACGAGGCCACUGCUACCGGACAACACGGAGGAGCCUGCACAGAUGCUAAUGACUGACAGCAACCCAGCUUACUGUUCUGCCAACAAGGAAGAGACUUAUUGGUAAAACAACAACAAAAUUCUGGGAGGACUUUGAUAUGUUAAGCCCUCUCACGCUAUUAUUAUUUUAUUUUCCUGUUUUGGAAUCGAAAGGGGCGAUUUAAAAAAUAAAAUAAAAUAAAAAACUGGUCCUUAAGGAGAAAAUUUGACAGACAUUGCUCCUGUAAAUACAGUAACUGCAGCACAUCUGGGCCAAGUGGCGCUGUCCACACAUCUGUCUUUUGAUGGCGAGUCGGGUAUCAAGGUGGAUGCUAUGGUAGCUACGUAGUGUCGUGACACUCGGCACCAAUCCCUUUUCUAGCUGUGGUAUCUCCUUUCCAUCGCAAUAAGUGUAUUAAGACGUAUCCGUUGAGGCACUUUGUGUUUUUGAAAAUGGAGUGUUAAUCGUAUCAGAUACUCUACUUAAGGUAUAUACAGCGUAGAGAGACAUAAUGUGCUAAACUGAAUAAAUACAACAUCACAGUCGUCUAUGCUUACUUCUUAUUUGGUGACGCACAUCGGGCCCCGUCCACGCUAACACCAGUAUUUGUAUUCUGUCUUUGUUUACACUUCCCUUCAACACACAAACCAAUUUUUGAUUGGAAAUAAUUUGAGAUUUUAAAAUCAAGUUUGUUUGGGGUGUUUACAUGCAGACUGGAUUCAGGUAAUGUUAGCCCACUUGAGGGUCAAUUCACCCCUUUGCCUUGCAUUGCUUUUUGGUCCCUUCCUAUAUCCAUUUCAGAUAUUUAAACAAACUAUAUUUUAUAUAGUUUAUAUCCUUAAACAAUUAUAUGUUUGAUUAGUUUUGUUGGUUUAGUAUUUUUAUAAAUUAAAAAAAAUAAAUGGACAUAAAGGGUAAACCAGACUUCCUCUUCCAUGAAAUCAGUUGCUAUGUAAAAAAAUUGAGAGUUUAUGACAUUACAACAGACACAAAAUGUUAUACAGCACAGUUUGUUGAUAGAUAUUUUUUAUUGGAGUGACAUCAACUCAUUUUCUCCUACAUAAUGAGUCAAAUGAUGAAAUUGUAAUUGUAUUCCCUUGUCUGGGCAGGUAUGAAUCGACACACAAUCAAUGAAAUUGGAUGGCACCAUUUCAUAUCCAAAAAAAAAUAAAAAAUCAGGUUAAAAAUUGUCAAAAUUUUAAAGGUAGUAUCAGUGAAAUGAUUAGCACCUGAAGAAGCGCAACAGUCCAAAAUGUUAAAAUAAAUCUAUAAACAGAAAUCUUUGUUCCACAUCUAUGUUCAUUAAGCUUCAAUCAUAAUAGAAAACAUUUUCUCUAUCACUGCUUUAGUCGUGCUCAUUACCUUCUUUGAAAUUUAAAUCUAGUGAAUGUUGACAAUAUUGGUAUAGCAGCUUUUAUUGGAAUUUUACAGAUUUAAAGAGGAGGAAAAAUCAGUUAAAAAAAUAUCUAUCUAUAUAUAGGUAUAUAUAGAUAUAUAUAUCUGGCGUAGCGUAGCCGGGGCCUCGGUAGGCUAAGUCACAAAUGUGAGUGUAUGUCUAUAUGUGUCCCAAAAACUCUACUAGGUGGAGAGCUGGGUUUGAAACACUAGGUCAGGGGAGACCAGUGAGUGGACCUGAUGCUGAAUCUUCCAGUUAGUGUUAGCGCACAAGCGCUCUCCCUGCGAUGCAGCUACCAUUGUAGAAGCCCCCCACUCCCACUAACCCCAGCCACCAAUACCUACCUGGUGCAUUUACUGCUGCAGAUUUUUUUCUCUUUGCAAACCAAAAUGACUCUUAACAUUACUCCUCAUUAUUUCUGGUCGCUACUGAAAAAAGAAGAAAAAAGAAAUCAACUGCAGGACUUGAUUCUUCCAAGCUUUGUUUCCUCCUCUCCCCCAAACCCAUAACCCCACCCCCACCCCCACCCCCACCCCCACCUCAACUCUGUUAUGGGGACGGAGCAAAAAGUGUAGCAGAAAUUUCCCCGCUUUCCGAAGCGGGACUUCUAGAGCGGUACGCAUCUGCACUGUAGCAACCCUGUGUUACCCACACAAUCAGAUCGGCUUUGCAAUAAGCAAAACGGGGAAGGAAGGAAGAGGGGAAAAAAAAAAAAAGCACCGACCCACACUGUGAUUUCAGCAGCCAGUUUAAAGUAGAAACGGAAAUGCCAGGAACAAAAAUAAAACGAAGCCCCCCAAAAACCAGCUGUUUGUUUGGUAGCGACCUGCGCAGUUGUAGGCUAGCUGUUUGAAGUUAUCACCACGUAUCCACAAUCCGCCUUGUGUAGUAACCACACGCUGCUUUACUCUUUUGAACUGUCAAAGGAGAACCGUUCUUGUGUAAUUCUAGGAUGAUGUUGUGACUUGAAAACAAACGAACAACAAGAAAAAAAAAAAGGGUGUUUAUUUUUUUGAAUCCAGAACAUGUAUUUUUGUGUCUUGCUGUUGAUGACUACAUUGCUCUGAAUGGUAGAAGUCAUGAUAGUCUGAUGGUGUGCUUCUCCAUCGUGCGUUCAAACCGUUGACGCUUUUGACCCGAGUUCACAUUUCGUACGUUUUACUGUGAGGAAAGUUCUAGUUUUAAGUGUGUAUUUGUGGAGCUUUUUGUUGUCAUUCUAAAAUGCAUGCUGAAAAAAAAAAAUAAAAGUCACUAUGUCAAUCUGUACAAAAAAAAAGUUGAAGAGAUGACCUCCUGUAUAUCAUUCUGUGUAUAGAAUUAAGGUAAAUGCUAUGUGAAAGACUCACAUAAACUAUUUAUCUUUUA